AUGUCUCAGAAAACUGGCGGUUGCCACCUCCACCAGCAACAUCUUGACCGCGAAGCUCCUGCCGGUGUCACAACGUUUCUGAGAUUCACAACAGCGUUGCGACGCCGACAACAAAGUCGAGCCGCUGUGGAGGGGAAGGAGGGUGGAGCCGGGAGGGAGGGGGAAGAGAGAAGAUGGUUUGGGAAGGAGAAGAUAGAGAGAAGGGAGAGGGUAGUGGCAGGUAAUAAGCCCAACAGGCCCAUUAAACUGGGUCAGAUGAAAACAAAGUCCACCAAUUCUGAAAGCUCACUAAAGGUUAUGGAAGAUCCACUUUCCAUCAAACGGGUCGGCCCGGUUGGAGACAAUUGGAUAACCGCCAAUAAUUGUAAAAUGGAGGCAUUUGCAUUCAAUGUUAAUGCCGCACAAUUGAGCCAUUUGCAGUCAAAAAUGCUUAGCGAUGGAACUAAUUUUUCUCCAUUUGAGGCUCUAGAGAAUAAUCAACUUAUAAGUGCUGUUAAAGCUGAUUAUCCCAUUGUGGAAGCCAAACCUAGUGAGCUAGCAGCACUGAUAAAAAAUGAAGCAUUCGAUGAAGGCGAAAAGAUCGAAAAUGCAAUCAAGAAAGACAACGGAGUCUUUGAUUUCAUAUUUUAUGGUGCAAAUCUAACUUUCGUGAAUCUUGAAGAAGCGAAGUUUUACGAAUUUGAUUACCGGGGAGAACAGCCUGUUCACGUUAGUUAUCGAGUCAAUGGUGUUGGUGAAGAAGGGGUUGUUUUGGUGCUCCCAGGGCCGCCGAAGAAUGGAGGGAGGACUGUUAUGGCAAUUUUGCCUAAUAAGGAGGUGAUUGAGCUUAAAUCAGAACUGAAAAGAGAGUGGUUUAUGGAUUGA